UCAUCCACACAGCCCGAUUACCGACAAUUACUACCGCCUCUCGGGGACGUUCACGAGACACAGCAAUCGAUAAUUUCCACGCACAGGUUGUCCUAGAGAACCAACUGACUUCAUUAUCAGAAAGGCAUCCCUUCUGCGAGUGCCGCCCUCAUUUUGUGCGUUUUUCUUUUCCCGCAUCCGUGAUACAGAGACAGAGCUCUGGUAUUUGUGCCAUCUUGUGCCAUCCGACAUCUUCCGUCGGAUAGCGGAGAUGGCCUUGUUACAGAGGACUCUUAUUUACUCGUCUCGCCUGGCAAUUAGAUCCCGGUUCCAAAGAAGAACCCUACCCGUAGCAGCCAAUUCGUGCCUUCGCCUCGCCUCAACAAUGGCCCCCAAGCUCAAGGAUCCGUCUCUCCUCAAGCAGGACGUCUGUUACGUGAAUGGAGAAUGGGUCAAGGCCGCGUCUGGCAAGACAUUCCAGGUCAAUGACCCAUCGACAGGGAAGCUCAUUGGUACCUGUCCUGAAUUCGACGCCAAAGAUACCGAGCAUGCCAUCGAAGCUGCAGAGGUUGCCUUUGACAGCUUUAAGCAGAAAACCGGCCGAGAGAGGUCUAAGCUGCUACGAAAAUGGUAUGAUCUCGUGAUGGAGAACUCGGAGGACUUGGCAACCCUCAUCACCUGGGAGAACGGGAAGCCCACGGCCGACGCCAAGGGCGAGGUCGUCUACGCGGCCAACUUCCUGGAGUGGUUCAGCGAGGAGGCGCCUCGCAUCUACGGCGACACCAUCCCUUCCUCCGUGCCUGGGAACCGCGUGUGGACCAUCAAGGAACCCGUGGGAGUCUGCGGCCUCAUCACGCCCUGGAACUUCCCCGCCGCCAUGAUCACCCGCAAGAUGGGCCCCGCGCUCGCCGUCGGCUGCACCGUCGUCUGCAAGGCCCCCGGCGAGACGCCCUUCACGUCGCUCGCGCUCGCCGAGCUCGCGCACCGGGCCGGCAUCCCUGCGGGCGUCGUCAACGUGGUCACGACGCUGAGCAACACGCCCGAGGUCGGUGAGGUCCUCACGACGCACCCGACGGUGCGCAAGGUCUCCUUCACGGGGUCGACCAACGUCGGCAAGCUGCUCAUGCGGCAGUGCUCGUCGACGCUCAAGAAGCUGUCCCUCGAGCUCGGCGGCAACGCGCCCUUCAUCGUCUUCGACGACGCCGACGUCGACGCCGCCGUCGCCGGCGCGCUGGUCAGCAAGUUCCGCUCGUCGGGCCAGACGUGCGUGUGCGCGAACCGCAUCUUCGUCCAGGCCGGCGUCUACGACGAGUUCGCGGCCAAGUUCGCCGACCAGGUCAGGCAGUUCCGCGUGGGCAACGGGUUCGAGGGCGGCGUCACGCAUGGCCCGCUCAUCCACGACCGCGCUGUCGACAAGGUCGAGUCGCACGUCCGCGACGCCGAGGAGAAGGGUGCGAAGGUCGUCGUCGGGGGCCAGAAGAUGCCGGACCUGGGGGAGAACUUCUUCCAGCCGACCGUCCUUACUGGCGUGACGACUGAGAUGGACAUGGCCAUCGAGGAGACAUUUGGUCCCGUGGCUGGAUUGUUCAAGUUUGCGACCGAGGAGGAGGUGGUCAGGAUCGCAAACUCGACACCGGUUGGGCUGGCGGGCUAUUUCUUCUCGAAGGACCUGCAGCGCGUCCACCGGGUCGCGGAGCAUCUCGAGGUGGGCAUGGUCGGCGUCAACACGGGCCUGAUUUCAGACCCUGCCUCGCCGUUCGGAGGCGUGAAGGAGUCUGGUUUCGGCAGGGAGGGAUCGCAGUAUGGUAUCUCCGAAUACCAGGUUACCAAGAUGGUCACGUUUGGUGGAAUGGGCCAGCCUCUGAAGAAGUGAUCAGGAGAAAGGGCUAAUUCGUUGCAAUUGCGGAGAGCACAAAGUCCGUCCAUAGGUGAUGCUUUAUCAGGCAUCUAUGAACAUAGGCAAAUGUUAAUAGCAGCUGUGUGCGAUGUCUCUCUACAAACGCUGAUAGACCGUGAAUGCUAUAGAUCAGGGGUGAGCAGGAAACUGGCAGCCUUUGCCCAUGGCGGCCGUAGGUAUCAUCUCAAAGUCCAAGGCUCAGCUCUGAUACCGUAGUGUGUAAGCUAUUCACAGUCCAUUGCGGGAUAACAUCCAGC